AAUUUUUUUCGAAUAAUAAAAAUAGCUAUUUGUUAAAAAGAAAAGGUGUUUUUCCAUAUAAUUGGUUUAAUAAUAUUUCAAAAUUAAAUAAUAAUUCUUUACCGGAUAAAAAAUGUUUUUACAACGAUUUAACUAGAAGUCAUAUAAGUUCGGAAGAUUACGAUUUAGCUCGGCUUGUGUGGAAAGCUUUUAAUUGUAGGAAAUUUUCAGAUUAUUUGCAAUUAUAUCAAUUUGUCGAUACAAUUUUACUAGCUGAUAUUUUUUCAAAUUUUCGAAACUUAUCGUUAAAAUAUUACGAUCUCGAUCCAAUUCAUUUUUUAACUUGUCCAAAUCUUACAUUUAUUGCGGGAUUGAAAAUGGCUAAAAUAGAACUAGAGCUAUUUACCGAUUUAGAUAAAUACUUAUUUUUUGAAUCUUCAAUCAGAGGUGGUUUAUCGCUUCUUGCAAAUAGAUACUCUCAUGCAAACAAUCCGUACAUAUCACAAACUUACGAUAAUUCGAAACCCCAUAGCUACAUAAUAACGAUUGAUAGCAAUAAUCUAUACGGAUUGAGUAUGGUUCAAUAUCUCCCAUAUUCAGAGUUUCGUUGGUUGCGACAAUCCGAAAUUGACGAAUUUAAUAUUAAAAAUGUUUCUUCAAAAUCCGAAAUAGGAUACAUACUCGAAGUUGACUUAGAAUAUCCGGUUUCGCUUCACGAUAGACAUAAUGAUUUACCCCUCGCAGUAAGUCACGAAACAAUAGAAUACGAUGAUUUAUCUGAAUAUCAGAAAUCGCUUUUAUCUUCUUUAAAUCUAAAAUUUAACAAUAAUGUUAAAAAAUUAGUUCCGACUUUAAAAGAUAAAUUACGUUAUAUUGUACACUAUAGAAACUUAAAAUAUUAUCUAAAGGAAGGAUUAAUUUUAAAAAAAAUCCAUAGAAUACUUUCUUUUAAACAAGCGCCUUACUUACAACCAUAUAUAUUUUUUAAUAAUGAAAAACGAAAACUUAGCAAUAGUCAAUUCGACAAAAACUUUUUUAAAUUAAUGAACAAUAGCUUCUAUGGUAAAUGUAUGCAAAAUGUGCGUAAAAAAAUUAAUUUAAAAGCCGGAUUGAAUAAAGAUCAAUGUAAGAAGUAUCUAAACGAUCCUGCGCUAGAGAGUUUCCAAAUAAUCAACGAAGACUGUAGUGUUUUUAGAUUAAAGAGAACAAAUUUAUUACUCGAUAAACCAUUAUACAUAGGUUUUUGUGUUUUAGAGUUGAGUAAGUUACAUAUGUAUCAAAUAUAUUACGAAGUAUUUAAAAAUUAUUAUAAUGAUAGAGUUAAACUUUUGUAUACAGAUACUGAUUCUUUAAUUUUAGAAAUUUACACAGACGAUAUUUACGAUGAUUUUAAAAAUAAUCUUCCGAACAUAUUUGAUUUUAGUAAUUAUCCUCUAGACCAUCCAUUAUACAGCGAAGAAAAUAAAAACGAAUUAGGAUUUUUCAAAGAUGAAGCAAAGUCGUUUGCAAUAUCGGAAUUUGUAGGUUUAAAAGCUAAAAUGUAUUCGAUUUCUGGAGAGCGUUAUGAGAAAAAAACGGCAAAAGGUAUAAAUAAAUCAGUUGUAAAAUCAACUUUUCAUCACGAGCUAUAUAAAACUACUCUAUUUAAAAAACAACAACUUCGUCAUAACCAAACUCAAAUAGUUAGUAAAAAUCACGUUCUCACGACUCAAUUUCAAAAUAAAAUCUCACUUUCCGCUUUUUACGACAAGAAAUACAUUUUAAGUAACGGAAUAGAUACUUUAUCUUAUGGUCAUUAUUCUAUUUCUUCAUAGACAUCUUUUCAAUCCAUUUUUUUUAAAAAUGUAAUCAUUU